GGCGGGAGGGUGCCGGCGGCGGUCGCGUCCGGACCCGACGAAAUCUGGAUCCAUUCCGUCGCCAGCAGCGGAAAGGCUGGAUUUUUCUUCCCCCUUUCCGUCGCCGCGCUUCCCUCCCUCCCCGAUUCGAUUCCUCGCCGAUUCUUCCUCCUCGUGACCGAAAUCCAUCCUCUUUCCUUUCGCCCGAUUAUCUUCUUCCGCGCCUGCCUGCCUGGAUCCACUCAUUCAUUCAUUCGCCACGCUCCAGUCCAGAUCUUCCCUCUCUCCGGAUUGCUGGAUGCGAUAAGGAGCCGGCCAAUGGCGCUCGGCCACACGCGCCUCGACGUCCGGCGGCAUCAGCAGCAGCACGCCGCCUCCUCCUCCUGCUGCUCCGCCCCCGGCGUCGCCGCCUUCGUCGGGCUCUGCCUCGUCGCCGUCUGGAUGGCCUCCUCCGCGCUCGUCACCCCCGCCGACUUCUCCCCGUUCCAGGCCCCGCUGUGGCGCCGCGCCGCCGCUCCGGCCGAGGGCAACGCGCCCCCCGCCGCCGUCAGAGAAGAAGAGGCCGCCGCCGACGACCAGGAGCCUCCUGCGGCGGACCGGCAGCAGGCGGAUUCCACAGAGAAAGCAAAGGGGGCCGAUAAACAACAGAGCGCGGCAGAGAAGCCGGAGGAGAAGCCCGACGAGAAGCCAAAGGCAAAGAAGGAGGAGGCCGAGGUGUUCCCCGACGCCAAGGACGCCGAGCUCCUCAACCAGACGGCGACGGAGCCGGGCCCGUGGCGCACCCAGGCCGCGGAGUCCAACAAGGAGACCAACGAGCGAACCAACGCGUCUUCCAGUGUCCCGGCGGCGAGCCACAGCUGGAAGCUCUGCGACGCCGAGGCCGGAGCCGACUACAUUCCGUGCCUCGACAAUGUGGAGGCCAUCAGGAAGCUCCGGAGCGACAAGCACUACGAGCACCGGGAGCGGCAUUGCCCCGAGGAGCCUCCGACCUGCCUCGUCCCCCUGCCGCCAGGCUACCGGAGUCCCAUAAGGUGGCCCAAGAGCAGAGAACAGAUAUGGUAUAGCAAUGUUCCUCAUACCAAGCUGGUGGAGUACAAGGGGCACCAGAACUGGGUUAAUGUCUCCGGGGAGCACCUGGUCUUCCCGGGAGGCGGAACUCAGUUCAAGCGUGGUGCUCUGCAUUACAUUGAUUUCAUUCAGGAGGCAAAGAAAGAUGUGGCAUGGGGGAAACGGACGCGUGUAGUUCUAGACGUUGGCUGUGGAGUUGCUAGCUUUGGAGGAUAUCUAUUUGACAGAGAUGCGCUUACGAUGUCGUUUGCACCUAAAGAUGAGCAUGAAGCUCAGGUGCAGUUUGCCCUCGAGAGAGGAAUCCCUGCUAUAUCAGCGGUUAUGGGUACGAAAAGGCUCCCAUUUCCUGGCGGGGUCUUUGAUGCUGUUCAUUGCGCACGCUGUAGGGUACCAUGGCAUAUUGAAGGCGGUAAGCUCUUGCUAGAAUUGAACAGACUGUUACGGCCUGGUGGUUACUUUGUGUGGUCUGCGACUCCUGUAUACCAGAAACUGCCGGAAGAUGUCGAGAUAUGGGAAGCUAUGUCUGCUCUGACAAGGUCAAUGUGCUGGAACUUGGUCAAUAAAGUAAAGGAUAGGAUAAAUCGAGUGGGAGUAGCGAUUUUCCAAAAACCAAUGGACAACCGAUGCUAUGAUAGAAGAUCUGCUGCAAACCCUCCACUGUGUGGAGAGUCUGAUAAUCCUGAUGCUGCCUGGAAUGUUUCAUUGCAGUCUUGUAUGCAUAAAUUGCCCAGAGACCCCACCAUGCGUGGUUUAAGGUGGCCAGAGGAAUGGCCAUUGAGGGUGGAAAGACCACCUUACUGGCUGAAAAGCUCUGAGACUGGAGUGUAUGGAAAGCCUGCUCCUGAAGAUUUUCAAGCGGACUACGAGCACUGGAAGCGGGUGAUAAGCAAUUCGUAUAUGGAAGGCCUGGGUAUCGACUGGUCUGCUGUCAGAAACAUUAUGGACAUGAAAGCUGUGUACGGAGGGUUUGCAGCAGCUUUACGAAAUAUGAAGGUGUGGGUCAUGAAUGUAGUUCCAAUUGAUUCGCCCGACACACUCCCAAUCAUAUAUGAGCGCGGGCUGUUUGGACUCUACCAUGACUGGUGCGAGUCGUUUAGCACCUACCCGAGAAGCUACGAUCUUGUCCACGCGAACCAUCUCUUCUCCAAGAUUAAGAAGAGGUGUGAAGUGUUGGGUGUGAUUGUGGAGGUGGACCGGAUAGUAAGGCCGGAAGGGAGGCUGAUCGUCAGGGACGAUAUGGAGACGAUACGCGAGGUGGAGUCCAUCGUCAAGUCGCUGCACUGGGAGGUCCGGCUGUCGUACUCCCAGGACAAUGAAGGCCUUCUGUUUGUGCAGAAGACCAUGUGGCGACCAAAUACUUCUUCGAGUUGAUCGAAGCUAAAAAAAGGGGGGAUGCGGAUGAACCAUGCAUCCAUUGGUAUAGACAUUGUGUUUGUGUAGAGGGAUGAGUGUAGCAUAGCAUAUUGAGGUGAUAUUGUUACUGCCGAUUUUGUUCUUAUGUUAGCAGAGCGGGCAAGGGCAAUGAAUGUGAUGUGUGUAUGUAAUGCAUGAUAAUUGUUCAUGUUGUUACAGGCGAGUAGGCUCAACAAAGAUUGAGCCUAACAUACAUAGCUGAUAAUAAGAUGCACAAAUUCGUCGAUGA